GUGAACCAUUAGUGGGGCACACAUAUGUUAGCUAAUAAGUAAUUGUAGUUAUGCAAUUGUUUAAAUACAAGCGUAAGCAAACAGGGCAGUUGCGUCCAGAAUUCCAGAGCAAAAACCGUGUACUGAUCUUCAGUUGAAAACAUUUAUUGCUGUACAGGAUUCAAAUUUCCACCCGUAACCGUUAACAAUGACCAGUCAACUUAUCUUGCUAUGUUUUGCGGCAUUUAUUGGUGCCUCGGUGUGCAACAGAGUCUAUGUUCACCCUUUCAAUCUAUACGCAUUCAAUAAAACACAGUGUCAAAAAGAUACCGAGCAAAAUAAAACCGUUAAUAUAGAAGAUACAAUUGUGCCUGUCUACAUAGAUUUAAACAUCAAGCCUGAAGAUCUCCUAGAGAGCAAAAUAUCUCUAGAAACCCCCCCGCAAAGACCAGGGAACAGUCAAGGAUUAAAUUAUUUGACAUCUCUAAUGAAUCAUCUUGGCUUUCGCAUUUUUGAAGUAUUGAGGGAUGUAAAUACAGAAGAUACUGUCCUUAUGUCUUACACCAACCUAUAUAGUUCAUUGGUGUCCUUUUAUCUAGGUACCUCCAAAAAUACUUCCUCUAACCUACAGGAAAUAUUAGGAUUUGUUGACCCAUCAGGUGAUAAAAACUGUUUGUCUAAAGUGGAUGGCUUUAAAGUAAUUUCCGCACUCAGAGCUAUUGACAAUCUCCUUUCAGAAGAUGCCAAUAUUGAUGCCCUCAAGAUACUAUGUAUGUUUGUUGCAAAAGGAGUCCCAAUAUCUCAACAAUUUGUAGAAAAUUUGAUUCCAUCAGCAGAUAGUAUUUAUUUGGCAUCGAUCGAUUUUAAAAAUCCUCUUAAUGCUGCAGAUGUAAUCAAUGAAUUCCUAGAAGUUCAGUCUUCAAAGAAAAGUAAAUAUAUAUUGAAAGACAUAGAUGCCUCUGCUAACUUCCUGUUUACAAGCCACAUGUAUUUUAAUGGUAAGCUGAAGAAUUCAUUUUCUAUACCUGAACUUCAAGACUUUUGGAUAGAGCCAGACAAGAAAAUAUCUGUACCUAUGAUGUCGGUGUCCGGAAUGUUUCAAUAUAAAAUUGAUGACAGAGCCAAUCAACUUGUAUUAAGAAUUCCACUUGGUCAAAACAACUUCUUGUUGCUGAUCCAGCCAACCAAUGGAAACACAAUUGAAAAUAUAAAAUCUUCCUUGACUUGGAAGUCUUAUUUGACAUUAUUAAAUAGAUUAUCAACCAGCUAUAUCACAAUAACUAUGCCAACCUUGGAAAUAGAAAGUGCUUACGAUAUCCAAGACAUGCUUAGCAGAUUGAACCUGGCGUAUCUACUUGGAAAGAAUGCAAAUUUUGACAAAAUUAGCAACACAGAUUUAAAUGUUGGAAAGAUUAUAAAUAAAGUUUAUUUUAAACUGGAUGAUGAUGACUCAAAGCAAGUAGAAGAUCUUUCACUGGAUAAAGAGGCCCUACCCAAGGAAUUUAAACUGAACAAACCUUUCUUUCUUGCCGUCUUUGAAGGAACAACCAAGGCACUUCUGUUUGCUGGCAAAGUUAUAAACCCGGUGAAUGUGAAUUGAGCUUUAUAAAUUGUACAAAUGUAAGGUCAUGUAACAGCUAUAACAUAUUUCUGAUUAAAUCUUUAGAGAUAACCUUAACAAUGUAGAUCUCUUAGAAAUAUGCGUGCUUAUAUAUAUAAUAGAUGUUUUAUAUUCUGCAAGGGAAGAAAAUGUAAGGAGAAACCUAUACAGAAAUCUUAAUACAGUAAAAAAAAAAAAAAAAGAUUUUUUACAGUGCAUUAAGUUACUGAUGAAUGUAAUGAGGAUGUUAUAAUAUUUUAUUUGUAGUAUUAGCACCGCUGUUUGGUUCGACUAAUAUGAUAAGGCAAUGAAACAAUCACAUGUAAAAUAAAAAUAUUAUUAAAAAUGUUAUUACUGAUUAUAAUAA